AUGUCGUCCACAGACGCAACCAGCCAGCCCGCCGCCACCGGUGAGGCCGUCAACCUCGUCAAGGAUGAGGUCACCGGCGAGAUGAUCUCCAAGUCCGAGCUCAAGCGACGAAUGAAGCAGCGCGAGAAGGACGCCAAGAAGGCUUCCAAGGCUGCCGAGGCGCCCGCACAGAACGCUUCCGCCGGCGCUGCCAAGUCGGCGGCUGCCUCUGAGGAGGAGCUCAACCCCAACCAGUACUACGAGCGUCGAUUCCGCACCAUCGCCGGCUUGCGAGAGACCAAGAACCCAGACCCCUACCCGCACAAGUUCCACGUCUCGAUCUCGCUCUCCGAGUUCAUCGCCAAGUACGAGGGCAAGGUCGAGGCUGGCCAGCACCUCGACAACGAGGAGGUCAGCAUUGCCGGUCGUCUCCACAACAUGCGCUCGGCCGGUCAGAAGCUGCGAUUCUACGACCUCCACGGCGAGGGGGUCAAGGUGCAGAUCACCGCUCAGCUUCAGGACCACACCGACGGCGACUUCUUCGCUAUCCACGAUCUGCUCCGUCGUGGUGACAUUGUCGGUGUCACUGGUGUCCCCGGUAAGACCAAGAAGGGUGAGCUCUCGAUCUUCCCUCGCUCGAUCAAGCUGCUUUCGCCCAACCUCAAGAUGCUGCCCAAGGCGGCUCAGGGUGACAAGGGCGGCUUCACCGACACCGAGCAGCGUCACCGCAAGCGCUACCUCGAUCUCAUCAUGAACAACCACGUGCGCGACAUCUUUGUCAAGCGCGCCAAGAUCAUCAACUACGUUCGCCGUUUCCUCGACAACCUCGGUUUCCUCGAGGUCGAGACGCCCAUGAUGAACCAGAUUGCCGGUGGUGCCACCGCCAAGCCCUUCAUCACGCACCACAACGAUCUCAAGCUCGACCUUUUCAUGCGCAUCGCUCCCGAGCUGUUCCUCAAGGAGCUCGUCGUUGGCGGCUUGGACCGGGUGUACGAGAUCGGCCGUGUCUUCCGAAACGAGUCGAUCGACCAGACGCACAACCCCGAGUUCUCCAUCUGCGAGUUCUACAUGGCCUAUGCCGACAUGUACGAUCUGAUGGACAUUACCGAGUCGAUGAUCUCGGGUCUGGUCAAGGCUGUCACGGGGUCUUACAAGAUCAAGUACCACCCUGACGGUAAGGACGUCGAAGGAGGACGGGAGUACGAGAUUGACUUCUCCACGCCCUGGAAGCGAUUUGAUAUGAUCAAGGAGUUGGAGAAGCAGAUGAACGUGACGUUCCCUCCUGCGGACCAGCUGCACACCGAGGAGACCCGCAAGUGGCUCAGCGACCUGGCGGCUAAGCACAACGUCGACUGCUCCGAGCCGCGCACCUCUUCUCGACUCAUCGACAAGAUGACGGGUGAGUUUAUCGAGACGCAGUGCGUUAACCCGUCGUUCAUCGUGGGACACCCUCAGGUCAUGUCGCCUUUGGCCAAGCGUCAUCGUGACAUCCCUGGCUUGUGCGAGCGAUUCGAAGUCUUCGUUGCCACCAAGGAGAUCUGCAACGCCUACACCGAGUUGAACGACCCCUGGGUGCAGAGGGCCAACUUUGAGGAGCAGAGCAGGCAGAAGGACCAGGGCGAUGACGAGGCACAGGGGAUCGAUCAUGUCUUCAUCGACGCUUUGGAGCACGGUCUCCCCCCCACCGGUGGUUGGGGUCUGGGUAUUGACCGAUUGGUCAUGUUCCUCACGGACAGCAACUCGAUCAAGGAAGUCCUGGCUUUCCCGGCUAACAAGCCCCUGCCCACCGAUAACAAGGCCCAGCCAGUGCCCGCGCUCGAACCGGACGCCGUGCCCGAGACCAAGGCCUAG